CAGGCUCUGUUUUUAAAGCACAGUACUGAUCUCCCAGUCCGAAAGUGUCCGAGAGAUCGAUCAGUUAGAGACUACUUCUGUCUGAAACCUCAGUCUGUCUUGUUGUGGGUCCAUAUGCGCAAAGUUCCAAUGAACAUGUUUUCUCGAACUGUUCUAUAAACCAGAUGAAAGUAGAUAUCAAGAAUACAAAAUAUUAUUCACUUGCCUCUGAAGAACGCUAUGUGUGCCGUACUUGUCGUCCGAGUACAGAGAACUUAUUUUGAAAAGUUGCUGAAUGCUAAGCACCUACAGAGAAACCAGAAGUUUCGUUAGACUUACAUAAGAUGAAGAAACAGAUUCAAUAGAAAAACUGAAACUAACCGGAAAAAGAUCGGUAGUUAGCUCUUGUAAGGUUUUCUUACGCCUCUGAUGUAUAACCAAGAAGACAACAGCUUAGAUUACUUGUUUUAGUGAAUAUGGGAUUAAUUUUUUGUCAAAAAAAAAAAAAAGAAUAUGUGAUUAAUAGAAACAAUUUCCUUAAAAAUGUUGCUUUUGAAGAGGAAAUAAAAAAUGAAAAUAAUAUAAACUUGCAGCAUCCAAACCUGCGCGGGAAAAGCCCACAUGAUUUUUAGACAAGCCCAAUAACCACUCCGAGACGUUCACUUUUGACGCUGUAAUUGUUUUUUUUUUUUUCACUUUACUAAACCCUUUUCUACCAUUACACAAAGCCUAAGUAUGAUCAUUAAGACGAGAACCCUAAUAUUUCGGAGCUCCUUUAAAGUAGCUAAGCACAAUUGUUUGUUCAACACUCAAAACCAUUUAGAUCUAAACCUUUCUAGUUUGAUGAGUUCCUCCACUGGAAUGGCGACAGCUUUAGUUUCCAGACUCACCAAAGGACGUUCAUUGCUUGGAGGUCUUACCAAUGCUUUCUCUGGUUUGAUGAGUUCCUCCACUGGAAUGAUGAGUGGAAGCACCCUGUCUCAGCAACAAAGGACGUUCAUUCAAAUGGGAACGAGACUCAAAGUGGUGGAUAACUCGGGUGCAAAGGAGGUGGUGUGCAUUCAAUCUCUAAGGGGAAAGAAAGGAGCAAGACUUGGCGAUAUCAUCAUUUGUUCAGUGAAACAGGGAUUACCAGAAAAAAAGAGAGGGAAAUUUGAUGCCGUACCGAUAGGUAAAAAGUUCAACUGGAAAGAUCACAUAGAUUCAGGUAAAGUGCGCAAAGGGAAUGUCGUCUACGGUGUGGUUGUUCGUGCUAAGAUGCAGAAAGGUCGUGUUGAUGGAAGCCAAGUGUGUUUUGAUGACAACGCCAUCGUUAUUUUGGGAAUUAAGGAACCCACGAAAGAGUAUUCGGGUGGUUUCUACCAACCGAUUGGUACCCGUGUGUUUGGUCCUGUCCCGCACGAGCUGCGUCUCAGAAAACAGCUCAAGAUCCUUGCUUUGGCUCAGGACCUUGUUUGAGGACUAUACACCACUCUUGCACCAGCUCCUAUUAUUAUUAUUCUCUCUUUAUAUUAUGCUACUUUAUUCCAUUCAGCAUUUAGAUUUCAGUUUGAUUAAUUAAAAGGUAAUUUAAUA